UUGCUAUCGGAAGUAGCUUACAAGCUAACCUGUUUCUGAAACCUCUGCUUAGAUUUUUGUUUUCGUUAUAAUGUCUUUUAAAAGAGAAGGAGACGAUAAGAGCCAACUCAAUAUUCUGAAGAAACGUCGUGUUGCAGACCUUCUGUCUAAUUUUAUCCCAGAAGAUGAAGCGGCUCUUAUGAAAAAUGGGAGAUAUGCUUGUCUUGUGUGCUCCUACCGCCCGGUGUUUGAUACAGUUGACAUGCUGACCGUCCACAGACAAGGAAAAAAACAUCUAGAAGGGUUAAGGGCAUUCUAUGGCAAAAAAGCAAAGCUGAAGAAUGAAAUAUCGAAAAGACAACAUGAAAGGUACAUCCAGUCUGAAGAGGGACAACAGGAACCCUCCAGUUCGGCCCCUUUGUUAGCACAAACACGGAAGCUCACCCAGCAUGCUUUGCUAAAGACGGUACCGUAUAACAGCUGUCACAGAAAAAACAGUACAAAACCUGGUAGAAGACAGACAAGUACCGACUUAGAUCCCAUUGGAAACCCAAGCAGGAAAAUGCCAACAGCAUCCUGCAAAUCUGAGGUUUCAGAAGCAAUAUCAGCAACCACCAGUGCUGUGUCUAAUGAAGAAUCAGCAUUGUCGGUAAAAAAAGGAGACCAGGCUGCAGGGACAGUAGUUGCAGAACCUCUAACAGCCCAAAGGAGGAUGGAGCUGAAUCACUAUCUCAAACUGAAAAGUGAUGGAUGGGUGCAGGAUCGCAAUGGGCAUUGGGUCAAAGACGAGAAUGUGGAGUUUGAUUCAGAUGAAGAAGAACCUGCACCCUUACCUGCUGCCGACUGAAAGAACAAACUAUC